CACACACCGCCGCCUCGCCACGCCACCGGAAAUUCAAGACUCAGAUUUUUGUUUUGCUGUCCCAUGUGUGCGUGGUUGUUUGUUCAGCAGGCUGUUGGCAAGGGGCUUGUUGUUAUUUUGGAAGAAAGAUGGAUGAAUACGGCAGAUAUUUGUAUCUUUUAAAGAAUAUGGAUUUGAAGUCUGACGAUUUUGCAUCACAAUUAUAUACUCGAAAAGAGUUGGAGAUCGAUGUUCACCAUCUUCCUUAUAACAUUAAAAUUAAAGUCGAAGAUUCUGAAUGGGAUUGCAAGGUUACGAAGGAUGAAAACAAGUUGGAAUUUAAGUUUGAUCGUGGUGGUUGUUCAGGCGAAGUAAUAAUUGCAGCAAUUCACCCCAAUCUACCAGAGCAAAUGUUUCUGUUUAGCUGUGAAACAAGUGAUCAUGUGACUAUAUGUAACCAUGAUAGUAUUUGUGAAGAAGAUAAGGGAUUUAUCAACCAUGCAGGCUUUAUUAAGAUUGACAUUCAAAUUCAAAAGAUUGUAAAACAUCCUACUUCCCUGAGUUUUCUUGAACGCAAGUUGCUGCUGCAAUUAUUUUGGGAGUAUGGGGCAUCCAUCAACAAAGAGUUUAAAAAACUUUUUGAGGAUACAGCAAGGGAUAUCAGCACCGAGAUUCUUACUUUUGAUGAGUGGCUAAAAUAUACAAAGGUCAAAGACUUUUCAAUAUCAGAGGGCACACUUGUAAAAGAAGCUCUGGUAUACUUUGACGGUGAUAUUGUGCUUCUAGACAUCCUCUACAUGGGUUAUAACUCAAUAAGAAAAAAUGAUAUCCCAACCGGUUUACCUCGUUUGGUCGAAGCUAAGGGUAAAAACUUCCACUUGCUUAGUCCUGCUAGUAAAACUCUACGAUUGGCUUCUGAUCAAAUAUACUCCCCGAUAAAUCUGAAAAAAGAUGAGAGUUUCAAUCAUGAAGUUGUAAUUUCCCUUGAGAAUAAUCUAAAGAAAAUAGGUUGCUUGGCGUUUCAAAUGUAUUUUAUCAAGUCUCAAUUCAGGAAAAAUUUUGAUGAAUUCAAAAUGAAUUUAAGGAACAAAAGUGAAGCCGUUAAAAAAAAACCAAAAAAUAGCAAGAAAGGAGUUAAAAUUGCUGAAAAACAACCUUCAACUUCGGAGGAAUUGAAGCCUGAUCUACCGCUACCUUCAACCGAAGAAGUAGAAUAUGAGAAAUAUGUUAAAACUCUUGAUGAUUUGUUUUCAAAGGCUACAAAAAGAUUUAGUAUUAUUGCAGAUGAACUUAAAAAGGAUGUUGAUGACCUACUUUCAAAACACCCAAAGAAUGAAUUAUUUGCAGUCUUGAGAAAUACCGUCUCUGAAAAGUACAUUGCAGCCCAUACAAAGAUUUUUAAUGGCUAUAAACCGGAGGAGAGUGAAUUGGAUUAUGAGUAUUAUUAUGGAAAAGACAAUUGGCAUGGAGGGACUAAACAUGGAACAAAAUCAAAAAAGGAAGCCAUAGAAACAGGGUUAGAAGGCGAAAAAUAUGCAUCAGAGUAUUUCUCCCGCUCUUAUGGAGAUACAGCUACGGUUACAUGGAUGAAUGAAAUAAAAGAAUCUGGUUUACCUUAUGAUUUGUUGGUCAAAAAUAAUGAGGGAACCAUCAUCAAUUAUAUUGAAGUGAAGUCGACAAGCUUAGACAAGAAAGGGUUUUAUAUAUCAAAUGCGGAGUAUGCAUUUGCCAAUAAGAAGAAGGAUUUAUAUACAGUUGCCCAUGUUCAUAUAGAUGAGAGAGAGAAAAAGAAUGAAAAAAGAUACAAGGUGGAUGAAUAUAAGGAUCCUGCUAAUGGAAAAAGCUUACGUCUGUUCUUGAAACGGUUGUAGAAGUAGACUAGAAACUGGCGCAAUAGGUUAAGAAAGAGAAAGGACACUGUUGAGAGAGCAGCACAGGUUCAUGUUGCUGUGAUAAACAAAAUACGAAGCCAAAAGAGGAAGAAUGGUUGUAAUAUCUCAUUUGAGGGGAUUUUUUUGUAUUGACUCGCCACUUUUACGUUAGAUUCACAUUUUGACAGUUUUUUAACUGUUUUUGUUUAUGUUCUGCAUUAAAUAUUAAGUUGUCUAUUUGUAGGUUGUACAUUAAAAAAUCUUUAUAUGCUUUAAAACAUGCACCUCUGGUCUCAUCAGUUUAAUCAAAGUUUUAUUAGUUCCGUA